AUGCCCUUCCUGUGGGGCGAUCCGGCCUCGCAUUUCGGGACCGACAAUGACGCAGUCUACGUUGCUUUGACGCGAUUCCGCCGAACCCUCAAAUAUGCCAGACUUGAGGUGCGAAUGCUGACCCACACGCUUCACAUGCCUCCCGCGCUGUCGGAGAUCUAUGGCGGACCACGACCAGAAUGGUUGAGGGAGAUUCUCGAGCGUCUACCGUGUCUGCAGGCUUUGAUGGUUUCGAAACUGCCUUUCUUUGAUCAUAAUGCCAUGAUGGCUUUGAAGGGACCCAGCAAUACGGGACACCAAUCCACCCAAACGUAUGAUGUCCGUUUGCUCCUCGCAGAUCACGAGCCAAACACCACCUCCGUAGGAAUCGCGGAGACGCUACUCCGGUUUCACGAGCUCAUAUACUUGGACCUUUCGUAUACCACUCCCGCUCGUGAUCAAAUUGUACUGUCGGCAUUGUCACAGCUCGAGCAUCUUCAAGUUCUGAAACUACGCGGAAUCGGGUUGAAAGAUCCAGAGGCCGAGUUCCUGGCCAAUGCGAUUGGCCUUAGAGUCCGCUUUUUGGAUUUACGGAAUAACUCGCUCACUGAUAUGGCUGUACGGUCAUUGUUACAGGCCUCAUUUAUGCCCCCAGAUCGUUCGCACAGCCCAGCCCAGGCCUCCUCGCCGACAACCAGGUUGCUCAGCAGCCCCAAUCUCGAUGAACUAUUUAUGAAAGCGCUGACACAGCCAUUGACGGGACGUUUGUGGGUAGAGGAUCUGCCGCAUGUUGGCGUGACCCACCUUUAUAUUGCAGAGAACCAACUCACGGUCGAGGGCGUCGCCGGACUACUAGCUUCAUCUCGUCUCCAUGCCCUCGAUGUCGGGACUGUUGACACUGCGCGGUCCCUUACGAAGGGACAGCUCUCGCUCCCAUUACCCCCUGAGGAGAAUCUCCAAGCCCUACCUGGUGCCGAAAAAUUAAUCCCUAUCUUGGGGUCGGCAGCUAAAGACAAUUUGACAUAUCUGCGCGGCCAUCAUGCCAUCUGCACCGCCGAUGCGCCUCUUAAGGAGGCCGAGUCACCAUAUGCGCUUUUGCCUGAGCUUCCCACAGAAAGUGAUUCGCCAAUCCCUCGAGAGGCUGAGUUGGAUGUUAGCCAUCAACUUCAUGAGCUGCCUGGGGGUGGUCCCGUUUUCGAGCUUCCAGCAGAACCAGUUCUUCCAGCACAAGCCGCUCCAGCUGACUCUCCCGCGGUUCGACGACAGCGAACCGUCUACGAAGACGAACCAUUGCCUAUCCGCCGACGGGGGUCGGUCUUUGCACCAGAAGUUGUACAAAAUGAAGUAAACACUGAGUCUGGCGUUGUGGUUGAAUCUGGAACCAAUCUCUCAACGUCACCAAGAUCCAUAAGGGGCUCAAUUUGUGCAUCAGACUCAUAUCCGCAGACGCUAGACCCUGUUCACCGAUGUUCAUCCCCCCUCCCCUUGGACGAUGUCCGAAGUCAGAAGAUCCAAGAGCUGCUUUCCAAACGCCCCAAGAACCAAACCCUUCCUCGGCGAGACAGCAGAGAGAAUAAGUUCCCUUACCUCCACCCUUCCCAUGUCCCUCAUCUCGAAACAUUGGUCCUCACAGACGUUCCGUCCCAUAUUCCUGCCAAGUCCCCGGUAUUGAAGUCCCUCAUCCGUUUCAUCACAGCCUGCUCGAACGAAGCUUUGCUGGCGACGCUUCAAGCUGGCUCAGACUAUUCCCUUCCUCCUGGACAAGCCCGAGCCAAGGCUGAGCAAGAACGGGCCCGGUCUCUCUUUUCACUGAGACGACUGGUGCUCGAAGUCACCCCGGUUGACAGGUCAAGAGGCCCCACAGGGUUGACAGCCUGGAAGCCUUUAAGCUAUCAUUCAGGGACAUCGAAGUCAAGUACUGGAGACCGGGACCUGGAAAAUCUCUGGUCCGCUGCCAUGGACGACUUUAGCUUCUUCGGCGAGGAUGAAUGCGGAGUGCCCCAGAACGACCCUGGGAAGUAUUUUCCCAUGGCUGUUCUCAAUGAGAAAGUAACAUUGGUUCCGGAAGACGAGGACUCCAGUUUCCCUAGUAGCUCAGAACCGGGUACCUUGUCUGAUAACAGCACCAUUCAUGCGAACCAACAUUCAAGGACGCGCAUACGGUCCCAUUUCGUCACCUCUCCACCCAACAUGGGCUUUCAUGCCGCUGGCCAAGACAGCAAUGUCCCUCCGCAACUGGAGGAGCCUGUGAUUGACGUGGUCGCCGAGCUUGCGGCCUUUCGACGCGCAAAGAAAGUCGAAUAUGAGGAGCUUGUCCGAAGUGACCGAAGACGUCGGAGUACCAUCAAUGCCAGCUCUCCGGCGUCGUUAUUAUCUCCGUCGAGUCCUGAUAUGCGGUCACCAUCGCCAUCUCCCAGCCUCACCACCGUAGCCGGAGGUGGAUCUGGGCCACUGGCUUCGAUGGCACACUUUGUCGAAGGGCACUGGAAGGGAGAGGUAAAGAUUGUGCGCAAUGCAGCGCCGAAGGGCCGCAGUGGGAUGGUAGAUAUGUACGGGAACUACUUCGAGAAGGGAUAUUUAUACCCUUGA